AUGCAGCAAGAAAGAUCGGCUGAUGAGUGGUACGAGCUGGGCAAGGCGGCGGAGAAGGAGGGCGAUCUGGCUACCGCCGUGGGGUACUACAAGCGGGCGGAGCGCCUGGGCCACUCCCUGACCGACCCGCACCCGCCCACGCAGUGGCCCGACGUCAACCCUUCAGACGAAGUGGAGAUCACUCCGCGUCUGACUGAUGAGGAGAAGGCGCGGCUGGAGCAGCAUCCCCACGUCUUCGAUUACCCGCUCAGCGAUGACCAGUUGGCCUUCCUGGAGGAGAACGGCUACCUGGUGAUACCGAAUGCGGUGUCGAAGGAGCUGUGCGACCGCAUGACCGGGGAGCUCUACGACAGGGCGGAACGGCUCAUGGGCGUUACACGGUCCAACCCUGCCUCGUGGAACGAGAUUGACCCCAUCGGCUUCAUCGACGUGUGGCACGGGGACACCUACAACGAACUGCGUCAGUCGCCCGUCCUGUACUCCAUCUUCGCGCAGCUCCUCAAGACCCACCGGCUCGUAACUACCAUCGACAGGGCGAACCUCAAUCCGCCGGCCUACGUGACCGACCCGGCGACGGGCAAGGUCACCCACAAGUUCAAUUCCAGACGCGAUGCCGUCUUCCCCGUGCACACGGACAUGAACCUCUGGAAUCUGAAGGACGGGUGGUGGCAAGGUGGUCUGGCCCUGCAGGACUGUCACUCUGGCGGCUUCCACUGCAUUCCUGAGGUGGGCGCCCCAGGCUUCCACAAACUCGAGAAGAUCCGGCAGUACAGGCAAGCCUGCGAGCAGGGCAAGCUGGGCGAGCUCGAUCCUCCGGUCCCCUUCUUCAACUGGUUCCACGACGAAGAGCUCAUCAACUCGCAGGCCAAGCGCGUGCCCAUGAAGCAGGGCGACUUCGUGGUGUGGUCAAGUCGAUUGCCGCACUCGGCCCUCGCCAACACGUCGGACCAGUGGCGUGUGCACGCCUACCUCCGCUUCCUGCCCGUCGACCGAUUCCCAGAGUACGCCGAGGAGGUGCGGCAGUGCGUCGAGGUCGGCCGCAAGCCGCGCAACUACCCCGCAGGCGGGCCGACGAGUGACUACCGGGCCGAGUGGGAGGUGCCCCUCCAUAGGACACCGCAGAUGUCGUGGCUGGGCCGCCGCGUCUUCGGCUUGGAGCCCUGGGACAACUGA